AAGUAGUGCUCUCGUUGGCUCAUCCAGCCCACCACACUCCCGAACAAAACACCUCAAUCGCGAUGCUGUGGAAGAAGGCCUUCCUGCUUUGCGCUUUGCUGGUCUCCGCCCAGGCGGCACCGCAACUCAGCCUUCUUGGAACGGUGACAAACAGCUUUCUGGGACUGCUAAACAAUGUCGCUACCUCAUUGAUCUCCGGCACCUCGGGCACCCUGAGCGGUAGCCUUAACCUCGGCAGCAUCGGUGUUGCCGGCAGUGGGACGAUCAGCACGAACCUGCCGAUACUGAACCUCGUGAACAAUGUGGUCUCCUCGACGCUGAACGCGCUGAACACGGCCGUCACCAACAUCGGUACGGCGGCGGGCACGCUGCUGACCAACACGCUGUCCACGAUCACGAACACGCUGAACAGCCUGCUCGGCGGUGUCACCACCAACCUGAACACCAUCGGUUCCGGACUGUCGGGAGCACCGACCGCUGCCAACGGUCAGAUCGUCAUCAACGCGCUGAACAACGUGGCCACCGCCGUCAAUUCGGCCGUCAGCGCCGCCUCGUCCGUGUUCGGCAACUCGACCGUUGCUGCCGCGCUGGGCAACCUCACGAACACGCUCAACGCCGAUCUGGCCACCGCCAUCCAGGCGAUCAACAACGCCACCGCUAACCCCGGCACGGCCACCACCCUGCUCGGUGCGCUCGGCCCGAACGGUAUCAGCUCGAUCGCGACCUUCCUCGGCGAUGCGGCCAACGUGCUGUACACUACCGCUAACAUCCCGCUGCAGCUGUCCGCGGCCGCACAGGUCAGUGGAGCGCUUGCUGCGAACGCAGCCGUCCCGUACACCCCAGCCGGCAUUGCCGCCGUCAACGCGACCGUUAACGCCGCCCUGAACAACGCCAACAACGUGCUGAACUCGGCGGUCGGUUCGUUCAACAACAUCAUCGCGAACGUUGCCCCGGCGACCAAUGCCGCCCUGACGCAGGGCAUCACCAACAUCAACAACGCGCUGACCUCGCUCAACAGCGUGCUGAACCUGUUCGCCGGCCAAACGAAGGCAAGCGUGACGGCCGCCGCCAACACGGCCAUCAGCAACCUGACCAGCCUGGUGUCGACGCUCCAGUCGAGCCUGGCCGUCCUGAACACGGUGACACUGAAUGCCGUCGCCUCGGCGAACGCCUCCAUCUCGGGCAACGCGUCCGCCGUGAUCGGACCGAUCGUGGCCAACCUGGCCAGCACGAACGCGACCAUCGUGAACUGCUCCCAGACCUACCUGCCGCUGGCCGUGCGCACGGACGUGUUCUACACGACCGCCCUCGGUGGCUGCGUAGUGGACGCGACCAAUGUGGUGAACAUCCUGGUCGGCAACACGAUCGCGGUCGUCAACUCGGCCGUCACCCGUGUCCGCACCUCGACGGCCAGCGUUAGCGUGUGCAUCGCGUCGCUCUUCCCGUCCACGCUCUGCCAGACCGCGACCGUGCCGAACGCACCGGCCUACAUUACGAACGUGGCGCUCGAUGUGGCCAACAUCAAGACGGGUGAGGUGGUGGAUGUGGCCAACACGGCCAACGAUGUGGCGACCUGCACGAGCAGCACCGCCAACGCGGCUGCCGCCGAUUUCGCUGCCAUCGCGGCCGCGUACAACCAGUGCAUCGGUGCCUAAGGAUGGCGGAGCACUCUUUUGCUUCCUUCCGGCGCUGAGUAGAUUUUGUUUUUAAUACGAGCAACACAGGUAUUCUAAUAAAGAUCGAACUUACUAUUAUUAUCACUGUAUCACUGCAAA